AGAGAAACCAGGUUCGCCUAGUGUGCACUGGCCGACGGAGAGGCAGGCGAGGCAGUGUGGCUCUCUCUGACUACUGGGGAGCGAGUGGUGCAUCCCCAGUCCUCAGUGGCGGCUCUGAGGACCCGAGUUUUGAGUCCCUCUACUGCGUAAGGCGAAGCCGUGGCAUUUCCUCACGGCAUCGCACCUAAUUUCUGAGCACUUCGUGUGUAAGAGACCAAGGUGGUGGCCCUCGUGAGCACCCUAGUCCGGGCGACAGACGAGCCGGGCGAUGAGUGAGAAGCUGGACACGGAAGUUCAGGAGCAAAUGGAGGACUGCGGCCCAGAUGCCAAUGCGGAACACAGCCCUGUAGUCCCAGAAUGUAAAGAAGAGAAAGAGGAGCCUGUACCAGUUGCUGAGUCUGGAACUCAGCCUGGGCUCUACAGCUACAUAAGGGAUGACCUGUUCACCUCAGAGAUCUUUAAAUUGGAGCUGCAAAAUGUGCCUCGCCAUGCCAGCUUCAGCGACGUCCGGCGCUUUUUGGGCCGUUUUGGCCUACAGUCCCACAAAAUCAAACUCUUCGGACAACCACCAUGUGCCUUUGUAACAUUUCGCAGCGCUGCUGAACGAGACAAGGCCUUACGAGUGCUGCACGGUGCUCUCUGGAAAGGACGCCCACUCAGCGUGCGCCUGGCUCGACCCAAGGCUGACCCCAUGGCUAGGAAGAGGCGGCAGGAAGGUGAUAGUGAGCCUUCAGCAACGCAGAUUGCCGACGUGGUGACCCCUCUUUGGAGAGUGCCCUACUCUGAGCAGCUGGAGCAGAAGCGGCUAGAAUGUGAACGGGUGCUGCAGAAACUGGCCAAGGAAAUUGGGAGCACUAACCGCGCCCUGCUACCCUGGCUGCUCACACAGAGACAACAGCACAAUAAGGCUUGUUGCCCACUGGAGGGGGUCAAGCCAUCACCCCAGCAGACUGAAUAUCGUAAUAAGUGUGAGUUUCUGGUUGGAGUUGGGGUAAAUGGAGAAGACAACACCGUUGGCUGCCGGCUUGGCAAGUACAAGGGCGGAACGUGUGCUGUGGCAGCUCCCUUUGACACCCUGCACAUUCCAGAGGCCACUAAGCAGGUGGUGAAGGCCUUCCAGGAAUUCAUUCGGUCCACCCCAUACUCGGCAUACGACCCUGAGACAUAUGCAGGCCACUGGAAGCAGCUGACUGUUCGUACCAGCCGCAGAGGCCAGGCCAUGGCCAUUGCCUACUUCCACCCCCAGAAACUGAGCUCAGAGGAAAUGGCAGGGCUGAAGGCCUCACUAGUGUACUACUUCAUGGAAGGGCCAGGCAAGGCCAGUGGGGUGACCUGCCUCUACUUUGUGGAGGAAGGACAGAGGAAGACUCCCAGCCAGGAAGGCCUGCCCCUGGAGCAUAUGGCUGGUGACCAGUGCAUCCAGGAAGACCUGCUGGGGCUGACCUUCCGCAUUUCCCCUCAAGCAUUCUUCCAGGUAAACACACCUGCAGCUGAAGUGCUCUACACAGUCAUCCAGGAAUGGGCUCAGCUGGACGGGGGCAGUACCGUGCUGGAUGUGUGUUGUGGCACUGGCACCAUAGGCCUGGCCCUGGCCCCGAAGGUAAAGAGAGUCAUCGGGAUUGAGCUGUGCCAGGAGGCUGUGGAGGAUGCCCGUGCGAACGCUCUCACCAAUGAGUUGAGCAACGUUGAGUUCCACUGCGGCAGGGCUGAAGAUCUUGUGCCAGGCUUGGUGAGCAGACUGUCCUCCCAGCGACUUGUAGCUGUCCUAGACCCACCACGGGCUGGACUACAUUCCAAGGUGAUUCUGGCCAUUCGUAGAGCUGAGAAUAUCAAGCGACUCCUGUAUGUUUCCUGCAAUCCCCGGGCAGCCAUGGGCAACUUUGUGGACCUCUGCAGGGCCCCAUCUAACCGAGUAAAAGGCAUUCCAUUCCACCCAGUCAAGGCUGUGGCCGUGGACCUGUUCCCACAAACUCCACACUGUGAGAUGCUUAUACUGUUUGAGAGGAUCGACCAACAACCUAAUAGCACAGGAGCCUUGCGGCAUCAAGACUCUGAAAACCCAAGAAAUACUCCUGAUACCACCUCACAGGAAAUGGAGACUUCCCUCUCAUCCUAGGUUCUGGGAACUGCAGAAGUGGACAAAAGCUGGGAACUCCUUAUGGCUCCCUACUAAGCAGAGGAUGGUGGCAAACACUGGUGGGCAUGAGGCCUACCUAGCUGUUACUAUGAACACUGUAUCCUGUAAUGGGGCAGCCAGACUCUAGAAUAAACACUGUUGAUUUACUGA